UGUCAGAGGAGCGCUUCAGCUUGCGAGUCCGAGGACAGUUUUGCUGUCUACUGUCACCAGACAACAUUGAGCUUCAUCUCUAUGCCUAAUUUCUUUGAGCUUCAGUUUCUCAGUAUAUAAUGUCAGACGACAUGAGUGGGGCGUAUAGAGGCAGAGGCGGAUUUGGACGAGGAAGAUUUCAAAGCUGGAAAAGAGGAAGAGGUGGUGGGAACUUCUCAGGAAAAUGGAGAGAAAGAGAACGCAGACCUGACCUGAAUAAAACCCCUGGAAAGCAAACCUCUGAACAAACUCCACAGCCUUUGCUACAGCAGUCAACGUUGGAUCAGUUCAUACCAUAUAGAGGCUGGAAGCUUUAUUUUUCUGAAGUUUACAGUGAUAACUCUCCUUUUAUUGAGAAGAUUCAAGCAUUUGAAAAAUUUUUCACAAGGCAUAUUGAUUUAUAUGAUAAGGAUGAAAUAGAAAGAAAGGGAAGUAUUUUGGUGGAUUUUAAAAACCUGACAAAAGAUGAUGAACUAACUAACUUGAUACCGGAUAUAGGAAAUGAACUAAGGGAUGCACCUGAGAAAACCUUGGCCUGCAUGGGUCUGGCAGUACAUCAGGUAUUAACUAAGGACCUUGAAAAGCAUGCUGCUGAAUUGCAAGCCCAAGAAAGAUUGUCUAGUGAUGGGGGAACAAUGGUAAAUGUGCCUCACAUUUAUGCACGGGUGUACAACUAUGAGCCCUUGACACACCUGAAGAAUGUUCGGGCAAAUUACUAUGGAAAGUACAUCACACUGAGAGGGACUGUGGUUCGCGUCAGUAACAUAAAGCCUCUCUGCAUCAAGAUGGCUUUUCUCUGUGCUGCUUGUGGAGAGGUUCAGAGCCUUCCUCUUCCAGAUGGAAAAUACAGUCUUCCCACAAAGUGUCCUGUGCCUGCCUGUCGUGGGAAGUCAUUCACCCCCCUCCGCAGCUCUCCUCUCACAGUGACCAUGGACUGGCAGUCAAUCAAAAUCCAGGAGCUCAUGUCUGAUACUCAUCGAGAAGCAGGUCGGAUUCCGCGGACAAUAGAGUGUGAGCUUGUGCAUGACCUUGUGGAUAGCUGUGUCCCGGGAGAUACGGUGACCAUUACUGGAAUUGUCAAAGUCUCAAAUGCUGAGGAAGGAUCACGAAAUAAGAACGACAAGUGCAUGUUCCUUUUGUACAUUGAAGCAAAUUCUGUUAGCAAUAGCAAAGGUCAGAAAACAGAGACCUCUGAGGACGGCUGUAAGCACAGAACAUUGAUGGAGUUCUCACUUAAGGACUUCUAUGCCAUCCAGGAGAUUCAAGCUGAGGAAAACCUGUUUAAACUCAUCGUCAACUCGCUUUGCCCAGUGAUUUUUGGUCAUGAACUUGUUAAAGCAGGUUUGGUAUUAGCACUCUUUGGAGGUAGCCAGAAAUAUGCAGAUGACAAAAACAGAAUUCCAAUUCGAGGAGACCCACAUGUCCUUGUUGUUGGAGAUCCAGGCUUGGGAAAGAGUCAGAUGCUGCAGGCGGCAUGCAACAUUGCUCCCCGUGGCGUGUACGUCUGCGGGAACACCACGACCACCUCAGGGCUGACUGUAACUCUUUCAAAAGACAGUUCCUCUGGCGAUUUCACUUUGGAAGCCGGUGCCCUGGUACUUGGCGAUCAAGAAUGGGGAGUGCCCUCCUCUCUAGGUUCGACUUGGUGUUUAUCCUGUUAGACACCCCAAAUGAGCAGCAUGAUCACCUACUCUCCGAACACGUGAUUGCAAUAAGAGCCGGAAAGCAGAGAGCUGUUAGUAGUGCCACAGUAGGCCGGGUGAAUAGUCAAGAUUCAAAUAUAUCUGUACUUGAAGAGGUUUCUGAGAAACCAUUAUCAGAAAGACUAAAGGUGGUUCCUGGAGAAACAAUAGACCCAAUUCCCCAUCAGCUAUUGAGGAAGUACAUUGGCUAUGCCCGACAGUAUGUCCACCCCAGGCUCUCAGCAGAAGCUGCUCAGGUUCUUCAAGAUUUUUACCUGGAGCUCCGCAAACAGAGCCAGAGGUUAAAUAGCUCACCAAUCACCACCAGGCAGCUGGAGUCUUUGAUUCGUCUAACAGAGGCCCGAGCAAGGAUGGAAUUGAGAGAGGAAGCAACCAAAGAAGAUGCUGAGGAUAUAGUGGAAAUUAUGAAGUACAGCAUGCUGGGAACUUAUUCUGAUGAAUUUGGGAACUUAGAUUUUGAGCGGUCCCAGCACGGUUCUGGAAUGAGCAACAGGUCAUCUGCAAAAAGAUUUAUUUCUGCUCUCAACAGUAUUGCUGAAAGAACUUACAAUAAUUUAUUUCAAUUUCGUCAACUUCGGCAGAUUGCCAAAGAGCUAAACAUUCAGGUUGCUGAUUUUGAAAACUUCAUUGGUUCACUAAAUGACCAGGGAUACCUCUUAAAAAAGGGCCCAAACAUUUACCAGCUUCAAACUAUGUAAAAGGACUUUAUCACGUCAUCCUAAGGCAUCUCAAUAGUGGACACUAUGCCAAAGAAAGUUCCUUGAAAAAUGUUCCAAAAGUACUGAAAUAGGAAAAAGUGUUAGAUUUGGUCAACUAAUUUAAAAAUUAAAAUGUCUUUUGUUGUUAAUGUUUUAUUACUUCUCCCAACGGCUAAAAAUAACUUUCUUUAUUUUAUCUAAAUGACGUAAAUUAUUUAUAGUUACAGUUUUGACCUGUCUUAUUUAUAUGACUAUUUCAUAGUUCUGCAUAUCAAGUGUUCAUCAGGGUAAGUAUUCAGAUAACAUGUAAACAAAUGGAGUAUGUCUGUGUUCCAGUAAAACUUUUCAACAUGAAAAUUUGAAUUUCCUAAAAUAUUCACAGAAGAGUAUACAAUAUUUGUAUUGGUUUAACCGUAUAAUCAUUAUGGGCAAUAUGUCUGAUUUGGCCCCCAGUCUACAGUUUGCAAACAACAGAAACUAAGUGGGAAGAGUUGUUUUUGGAGAUAUUCGGGUUAGCUGACAGGACGAGAUUCCAGGAGCAGUUGUAACACCAUGCUUUAGAACGGGGUGCAGAGGCAGCUGGUAACCCCCUCUUGCCACACCGUGCCCCAGAGGAAAGUGCUCCAGCCUCGGUGCCACCACCAGUGCCACUCCUGUAGCAGGAACCACGGAAAGCCACCACAAAGAAUGCCCUACCCACGCAAAGAGAACGGCGGAAGGAUUCUGCUUUGGCCUCUUGAAGUGCUGAGUUCAAGUGAGAAGUCUUUUCCAGAAACAUCUGAAAGAGGCCAAGGUUCUGUGCCCCUUUGCUGGGGUGCUAGGAGUUUUCCCAGUUCUGCUUUGGGAAGGCAGGACCAAUAAAGCCAGAAGUGCCCAUGUUUUCUGAAAGGGUUCAAACAAA